ACUGAUAAUGGCUUAAUCCGACUCCACUCUUGUUCGGAUUGUAGUUUGUUCUCGCGGGACGGUGCAUCCUCCAACUGCAGAUAGUAUCAACAACGUGACAAAAACCAUUAGGGCUAGAUUGAAUGAAGUUUUUUUCAUGGUGACUACGCGAAGCGCUUUUCACGGUGACUACAUCUUGUAAUAGAUUAAUGGUGGAUUUAGUGUUGACAAAGUGACCACCACCAGCACGAACGAUGAUUUGUGCGAGGACAUAUAAUAAAGAAGGUGAAUUUUCUGCGUGGCGCAUGUGUAUGUGUUGACAUUGACAUUGCAACAGCAGCAGCAAACGCUCGCCGGUAAUCACUUAAUAUAGAGUCAGGAGCACCAGGAGCACGGUGCUGUUGUGUCUGCCGAGAGUCACGCGGUCGACAGGUUUCGUGGUGAGGCUGGGCGUACGGCGCAAGGGAAACCGCGGUCGUAGCUCCGGGAAAUGAUAGCGUUGAAGAUUCCUCUACGCAUUAGAUUGACGUAGACGACAACAAUGAGAAAGAGGCGACGAAUGUCGAAGAAAGCAAUGGCUGAAUCAUGAAUCCGUCGACCAUCGUCCAGCAGCAUCAAGCGGUCGCCACCACAAAUGUCGAUGUCGUCCUACCAAACACUGAUCCGUCGAUUUUCGGUGCAAUCUCCGUGACGGAUUCGACGGAAGUGCGUGUGGGUAACGAGACCAUCUACAAUGGGCCGAUUACCAUAAACCAAUUCGUUUACACGAAUCUUACUCCGAAUCAGGAUGCGAUUGAACUUGACGUUAUCAACGCCUCCGACAAUAUCUCGGAUUUGUCGACGAGUCAGGACAACGAAAUUCCAAAUGAAUCAAUUUUUCCACAAAAUACUGAAUUAAAUAAAG